CCGCCGCCGCAGCCGCCGCCGCGGGCACCUCGGGGAAGGCAGCCGCGCAGCCUCCGCCCUCCCUAGCAUGGGAUGGGCGAGCCCUGCGAGCGCCGUGCCUGCCCGCCGGCCGCCGGCAUGAAGGAAGGAGCGGACUGGGAGCCCUGGGACGCGCCGCUGGGUUUCUUGGAGGGCGCCCAGAUGGGCAACAGGAGCAACAUGUCCUUCCUGCAGCUCUUCAAGAACAUCAACCUGGAGCGAGCCGACGGGAUGCAGGGCGACAGCUCCGACGUGGUGCGGAUUGUCAUCUCGCUGGUGUACUCCGUGGUGUGUGCCCUGGGGCUGGUGGGCAACCUGCUGGUGCUCUACCUGAUGAAAAGCAAGCAAGGCUGGAGAAAGUCCUCCAUCAAUCUCUUUGUGACCAGCCUGGCAGUGACUGACUUCCAGUUUGUGCUGACCUUGCCAUUCUGGGCGGUGGAGAACGCGCUGGACUUCAACUGGCUCUUCGGCAAGGCAAUGUGUAAGAUUGUCUCAUAUGUGACAGCCAUGAAUAUGUAUGCCAGUGUCUUCUUUCUCACUGCCAUGAGUGUGGCUCGAUACCGCUCUGUGGCUUCAGCCUUGAAGAAUCAGCGACGAGGUGACCCGCUGGGUGGCUGCUGUUCUGCCAAGUGGCUUUGUGCACUCAUCUGGCUGUCAGCUAUCUUGGCUUCCCUGCCUCAUGCCAUUUUUUCCACCACUGCCACUGUCUUUGAUGAUGUCCUCUGCCUUGUCAAGUUCCCUGAGGGACGAGGCAACAGUGCCCAGUUCUGGCUGGGUCUGUACCACAUCCAGAAGGUGCUCCUGGGCUUUGUGGUGCCACUGGUUGUUAUCAGCCUCUGCUACUUGCUCCUGGUGCGCUUCAUCAGUGACAAGCAUGUUGGCAGCACCUGCAGUGGCCCCAGCACCAAGCGCCGCUCCAAAGUGACUAAGUCGGUGUCCAUUGUGGUGCUGUCUUUCUUCUUGUGCUGGCUGCCUAAUCAAGCUCUUACAACGUGGGGCAUCCUCAUCAAACUCAACGUGGUUCACUUCAGCACUGAGUACUUCCUCUCCCAAGUGUACCUCUUCCCCAUCAGCGUAUGCCUGGCACACUCCAACAGCUGCCUCAAUCCCAUUUUCUACUGCCUCAUGCGCAGGGAGUUCCGCAAGGCACUGAAGAACCUCCUCUGGAGAAUCACCUCACCUUCCCUCACCGCUAUGCGCCCUUUCACCGACACCACCAAGCCCGAGCAGGAGGAACAAGCCCUGCAUGCCUUGGUGCCUGUUCACCCUGUCACUGCUUCUUCCCCUACUGCAGCUCUCCAGCCAGAGAUGGCCUACUACCCCCCUGGGGUGGUGGUGUACAGCAGCCGCUAUGACCUCCUGCCUGCUGGCUCCACAGAGCAGCGCUGCUGAGAUGGGCAGGGGACUCUGUAGGGUGGGACUGUGGGUUCUGUGCAAGAUGUGGACCUGGCAUAUUGAAUGCCUGGUAGGGGCAGGGGAGAAGGGGUGAGUAAAGAAGAGUCCCUGUGUAAGAGAUGCUUUUUUGGGGUUCUGUCUGCUCCUGGAAGCUUGUUGAUGUAAAUAGUUGUCUUGAAAAAGUCCUCCAGACUGGAGGACAGGAGGAGGAGGCACUGGGGAUUCGAGUGUCUCUAGGAGACACUUUUUAGUGCUUACAUCUAUUCCGGGGAAGAGGAACUGGGGAGGGUGACGGGACUUCGUCCAGGGAGUAUGCAGGAUGUUCAUGGCAGGGAGAGGGGCUGGAUGGGGUGGAGCGAGUCUGGAAGGCCUCAGCUGUGUCUCCCUUCCCCAGCCUGGAGGUGCAAGCAGCAAGGGGCCAGCAGCCCUCCCACCCCUCAGUGUGUGUUUGUGGCAGGGGGAGGGAGCAGGGCUGCUUUCUCACUGCUGCAUGUCAUUGAAAAUUAUGCCAGCGCAGCUGUGGUCACCGCUCACCGGGCUCCAGUGAGGGCAGAGAUAUCAGGCAGCCUAUGCCCUAUUUCAUGUGGGAGCAGCCAGGGCAAGUAGGUACAGGAUUCUUGCUUGCUCUGGCUUGGUCCCUUUCCCUCUGUUAGGGACCCAGGAAAGAGAGGGGACAAGGAGCACUGUACUCCCCACCAAAUCUCUCCAAGAUCUGCUUUUCCAGCUCCCCUCAUUCUCUCUGCUUCUGCCAGGCUACAGAGAAACCCAGACAGCCAAGAAGAAGUACAAGGACAGGUCUUGCAGCUUCAUGGAGAGGUAUUGCUUUGCCUGGGUUUGGAGGGAAGGAUGUGAGCCCCUUGGCAUCACGUUCCCCAGCCUCUCUUCAGGCUGCUGGACGGGAAACCCACAGCCUCAAACCAUGUGUGGCAAGGCAGGUGUCUCUCUUAGGGCACUGAAGCUUCAGGCUUUGCUCUUGCCAUGCUUCAGACUGUUUGUGUUUCACUCCAGGGAAUCAGCACAACUGUAAGCAAAAAAGGUGGGGAAAAGAAACAAAUCAUAGCCACUUCAAGCUGCUUUCUCUGGGGUACAUCUGGGUUCAGCUAAAACCAAGCACAAAGGUUUUUGUUCUGCCAAAGUGUUUGUUAAGGGUCUGUACUGAUACUUGCAAGUGUUUCAGUUCCUCAGGUGCGAGCAGCUCUAGAACCUGCAGCUCAGUGCUCUCACACCCUGGAGAAAGGCAAGGGCAAUGCCUGUCCCAGCCUGUGUUCCAGAGAAACAUCUGGGAAAUAAUUUGAUAUUGAUCUGAAAUGAACGUCUAAGGGUGUGGAAAAAAAGUGUGAUUUUAAACUGUGAAACUUUUUAAGACUAUACAGUUACUUUUAAAAAUAUUUUUUAAAUUAUGAGAAAAAAAUUUGAAAUGAGAAGCUCAGAAUAUUUAUUUUAAAAGAUUGAAAAAUACGAUUCUGGGUUUGUUGUCAAAACACAACUUCGUUAAUCCCCAGUACUGCAUAUGGGUUGAAUAUAUAAAUUUGUCAUUCAAAACCCCUCUCUAUUUCCAGCCCCUUCCCCUGAACCCUAACUCCAACAUCUGCCUGACUCCACUAAAAAAGCAUUUCUGCAGAGGUUUGUUUGUCAGCUCUAAUACUGAUGUGGAACAAACUUGCUAUUUCUGUCCAGAGAAAAUUGCAGUGCUGUAAGUGGCAAUUAUGCUUUGCAGACUCUUGGGUUUACUGUACGUCAGUAGCUCCUGUUGUAAAAUUCAGGUUUGGUUAGGAAGCAGCUGGUUCUGCUACUUGCAAGAAGAAGCUGUUCUGAUGUCUCAAAGCAGAAGAGACUUCUGCUACAGCCUUCGGAACUUGCUAACUGGGAAGACAGAGAUGACUGGAGAAGAACAGCAGGAGUGAGCUGGCAGCUGAUGGACAUAUUUUAUACAGAUGCAAAGACUCUGAAGAAAUCAGAUAUAUCCACAGAACUUGAGCGUCUAAGUACUGUAAAACCACUCCUCCUAAAUCCUGACUUGGCUGCCAGUUGAAGUCUGUAGGUACUUGAAGUUUUUUCUAGUAAAUUUUCUUGUGCCUAGAAGUCCGCUGAGCAUGCCUAAACUGCUUAUGCGUGAAGCAUUUACCUCAGUGCUUCAUUGGGGAUAUUUCAGUCAGGACUGGCCACAGUGUGUAUCCUAAGCAAGGGAGACAGUUCUGCAUCCCAACAUGAAACACCUUGUGCCAGACCAAGUUAGCAGGGGCUGUAAACUUAACUCGUUCCCCCAUCCCUUUGCGUCUCUGUCUAGAUAUGCUUCUCCUUUCCCACCUUCAAUGCGUGUACAGAUUAUGCUCCUUCCUCUUCACUUUUGAAACACAAUAAGUGGGCAGAGCUUUCACCCACAGCCUGGGAAACUCAACUUCCUCCCUUCCAUGUCUCUUGGGAAUGACCGAGUCUAUGAUGUGAAUGUGCUCGAAUCCUCUACCUUGAAACAGGUCCCUGUUGCAUGAGUUGUUCGCCAUAACUGGAUCAUAAAGGGAAAAUAAGUCCUUGAGCACUACUUUGCAGAAUAGUAGUUAGGGUGUGAGAUCCAAAGAGGAAGUGCCAAGAUUUUUUUCCCCUGUAUAUUCAGAGGAGAAAUGGGAUCCAGAUCUGGAUUCUAGGACUACCCUUUCCAAGAACAACAAUAACUUGCUCCCAAGUCUUGGUUUAAUUAAAUUUUCAGUAUGCCAUGCAAGAGGCUGAGAGCUUUCUAGACCUAUAAAUCCAGCAGCCUAAUAGGCCCAAGGAUUUGCAAGAAAUGUGUUCAAAUCUCACAUGUUGUAGAAGAAAGCUGCAAUGCCUGUCCUAGCAGAUGAAGUAAGCUACACUUGCGUGAGAAAAGGAUAUCAUGAACACUUAACUCUAGCAUUCAGAAAGUUCUAACUAUGCCUUUAUAGGCCAGGAAAAAGUACCUAAAUGAAGAAGAGGGGAUGGAUCUCAAAGCCAGACUCUCAUCUUAGUGUUUGCUUUUGAACAGCCUGGUUUCUUGCUUGGCUUGCUGGAAUUUUCAUCCCCAUCUUGAUAAUUAAAUGUUCUUGUGCAUUAUGUAAAAAGCUAUCCAGGUGUCUAUAGAAUAACUAUGAAUUUCAGUAGAUAGCAAAUGGCCUAAAAGACAUCCUCUGUGGUGCUCAGCAUAACAAAAUCCAAGUGCUUUUGUGAAUGUCAAUGUAGCUGUAAUUUUAUGCCAGCAAAACAACAAUGUAAACCAGAUGAUGUUAAGAACCACCCGUAUUUAGCCCAGAAUACUAGCGAGAUUCCAUGGUCAGAGGAAGCCCCAAGUACCCAGUCACUAAAGACAAAAAAAAAGCUUACAUUUGGCAAAUCAUUCAAAUAAGAAAAUGCCAUAGAUGUGUAGGUACUGGCCUAUUGAUUUAGAGGGCAGCUCUUUUAAGCCGCUGUGCUGCCAGGUGUAGGUCUUGAAUCUGCUGUCUAGAAGAGGCAUAACCCCUCUACAAAUGGCCAAGUGUUGGUUUACGCUACAACAUCUGUUCAGGCUGUGCAGGUGUCAGUGUGUCCAGCAUGGUCAAAGAGCACUGCUCUAGCUGUGCAUGAGCAGAGAGAAGUUUUGCUUCGGCUCUGCUGUGAGUGUGCAUGAAAACUGAGCUCUGUGUUGCGUGCGCAGAGGCACCAUCCUGAGCAUUGCAAGGAACGGGCAGCUGCUCUGAGUGUGCAUGCAGCAUCAGAGCCGUGGACUGUGCAGAUGGUCUUUCCAGCUCUAGCUUUUGAGACUACACGUUAACGACAACAAAUCCUACUGGGUAUCCGGGAGGUUCCUGUGUAAUCAGUACAACACUGUUCAAAAGCACUUCUGUUUCCUCCAAAUGUUCAUGUCUUGAUUUGUAACAAUUGCUUUCAUGGACUGAAAUAAACACAGAUUAAAGAUACAAACCAACACUUACAGAGUUCU